AUGAUUCCUCGCAUUUACCCACAUGGUUGUUCAUUGAGGAUGAUCGACCUAAGAGAAAACCGACUAAGAGGGAUUGUUCCGAGAUCUUUAGGAAAUUGUGGAAUGCUGGAGUAUUUGAAUCUCGGUGAAAACCAAAUUAAUGAUACAUUACCAUUUUGGCUAUCGGAAUUGGCCUACCUAAAAGUUAUUGACUUGCAGUCCAAUAUGUUGCAGGGAUCCAUAGAAGAUAAUCUAAGCCAGCUUAACUUCACCAGUUUACACAUCCUAGACCUAUCCAACAACAACUUCAAUGGUGAACUUCCUUCCAAGUUGUUAAAGAGUUGCCACACCAUGAAGGUCAUCGUUGGUCAAGAUAAGUUGGCAUAUUUGAGUCUUUUUAAAAGGCUUGAUCUGUCUUCUGUUUCAUUCAAUGAAGGUAUGAAUUAUGUGAUGACAUUAAUGAGUAAGGGCACGGAAAGGGAAUAUGCGAAGAUUCCAGAUGUUCUCAUGGCGAUUGACUUCUCCAAUAACAAGUUCAAAGGGUUCAUUCCUGAACUCAUUGGAGAUCUAAAGUCACUUCGUAUGCUCAACCUUUCAAACAACUUCCUCAUUGGUAGCAUCCCUCCUUCCUUGACUAGCAUGAUAGUACUCGAAUCACUAGAUCUAUCGUGGAACAAACUUGUGGGAGAGAUUCCUCAACAAUUAGCCCGCAUCACAUUUCUUUCAUUUUUCGUUGUCUCUCACAAUCGUCUAUCAGGACCCAUACCACAUGGAUCGCAAUUUGACAUGUUCGGGAGCAGUUCAUUUGCGAUGAAUGAUGGUUUGUGUGGAAGUCCUCUGCCAAAUAAAUGCACAAAUGAUGAUAACACUCCACCACCACCAUCUUUCAGAGUAGAUAAUGAAGAAGAGUGUCUAUUCGACUUGGAUCGAAGAAUCGUGUUGGUUGGAGUUGGAGUCGGGUUUUUGGUCGGUAUUGUGCUAGAGAACUUGAUCAUUGACGAGAAGAGUAGGCGGUUCUUGCACUACUCCAAGAAAAUGGCAAAUGGAUGGAAAAGGUGA